AUGAAAUUUGCAGCGGCGAAACUUGGUGAGGUAUGUUACGAGCACGCUCACUGCCGUCUCUGGGAUCCCGAGUCGCACUGCGACUUUCUCAUUCCGGAUUUAUUUGGUCGCUGCCAAUGCACCGCUCCGAUGCGUCGCGAGGGCAACGUGUGCCGUCCUGACAGUCUCGUGAGGCCCGCACCGCUUCCGGCGCAUCUACCUCCUACUCGGGAACCGAUAAUAGAAGACGUCACUGAGAGCGGACGCGAUAAGGAAACUGUCGCUGAAGAACAGAAAGGCGAUACCGAAGGAGAACAAGACACAGGUGUUCAAAUAUCUUGGUUAAAGAACGCAACGAUGCUUUUGUCGACGGAACCUCCCAGUCAAUUGAUACCGGUGAAUCUGGUGACGAGGCCGUCAUUGAACUUGAGACCCGGCUCCAACAAUCGUCCCGGACCAAACGAGCUUCCCGACGAUGAUGAUGCUGUCGUUAUCGAGGCGGAAGUUACUGAACUCGUUCACGUUACGACGACCUCGACAACUUCCGCGCCAAUAAAGACAGACCGUCACGAGAGCACGAUAAUGACAGCUGUCAGCCUGGGGCUGCCAUGCAUCGCCGAUCUGGAGUGCCGUAUGGCCGAUCCGAUGUCGCGAUGCAUCGGCGGCGUGUGCGACUGCGGCUUUCCGACGAACGGCAGUUAUUGCAACGCGCGGCGGACUGGCUGCGCGCCGGGCACGUUUCAGUGCCGGUCGUCCGGAAGCUGCAUCAGCUGGUUCUUCGUCUGCGAUGGCCGCGCCGAUUGCGCCGAUGGAUCCGACGAGGAGUGCACCGGUCCACGCUGCCCGGCGCAGGCAUUCAGAUGCAACGACAGUAACGUCUGCAUAUCGAGGUCCGGGCUGUGCGACGGCAACCGCGAUUGUCCUCGCGGCGAGGAUGAGAUCGGCUGUAACAAUCGGCGAAAAUGUCCCGAGGGUGCGUUCAGAUGCAACAACGGUCAGUGCCUGCCGGCGUACGAAUUUUGCAACGCGGUGGUCUCCUGCAGGGACGGCAGCGAUGAGCCCAGGGGAGCGUGCAGGACGCGCAAUCGCGGCCGAAUCACCGCGAGAUACUGCCCGUUUAGAUGCGACAACGGAAGGUGUCGUUCCGACGCGAUAACUUGCAGCGGCCGGGACGGGUGUGGCGAUGGUUCCGACGAAAAGCGCUGCAGCGUCUGCA